GAACAACCUACCAUUCGCCGUGACAGUGUAAAGGAAAUCGCGAGCGUGCUGGUCAAUGGAGGCAAGGCUGGGGAAAUUUUGAGAGACUUGGUCCUCAGUAGACGAGCACUCUGUCGCGGGAACAAAGUUGAGCCGUUCCUACGCGUUCUCGGAAGUUCCGACGUUUUGGCGUUGUCUUUUUCGCAACCGAAUGUGUGGCGGGAAGUCGAAACGCAUGCGUUAAGGUUUGCACGGAAUUUGAACGGUCGGGAUCUUGCAGAGCUGGUUUUUAUUCUUGGCAGAAGUGGGUCAAUUCUCGGAGGCGCACAAGCGGACCAUAUGCAUCAUGAAGAUAGCCGUGACAGCACGAAACUCGUCGUCUCCUUUAUGGAGUCUUUCGCUGCUCAGAUCCGUCGCACUGUUCGAGAUGAGAUGACCUUCGCUCAUUUCGCGAAACUGCUCUUCUUCCUAGGGCGAACAAGAUUCCCUUCUCAGCAACGAACAGCUGGACUGCUGCUGGCACAGCAAAGGGAUCUGCUUUUCUCGGAAAGCGGUACUCUUCUAUCUUCAGGCCCGACUGCGAUAAGGGAUACGAGUUUGAUCCUGGAAAAUCUGGCACGCGUGUUUAAACCGACGUCCCGGUUACAGAUCGAAGAAGGGGGUGGUAGUACAGCCCAUCCCGACCUGGUAUCCCAGUACUGUUGGCGAGAGGGCAUGGAUCGCUUCUCUGAGCGUUUGUGCAGACAGGUGGCAAAGUUUUACGCGAAGCUGCUUUCGGAGGAUCGGAAAAAUGUUGCCGGAAACAUAAAAGCAAACGGAAAUAUCUUCUCCUUUGAGUCAGUUGACGAUAAGGCACUUAGCAAGAGUCAAAGAGUGGAAGAGAAACACAUUCGACGUGUACUUGUCGGUUUUCGUUUCCUGCUGUCUCCGUCUUCAAUCGAGGCUAAAACGAAACAAGUUUUUGGGUCAUUUUUUGGGGAAGUGUUUGCGCUCAGCGGGGGUAGCCGUGCAGAGUCAGAGUCGGAUGGGAGUUGUCUCAUUAUAUCCACCAGUAGGAGGAGCAGGAAUACUAGCCUUUCUCUUGUCACUCAUUGUGAGGCAGUAGAAGCCGUAGUGGAAUUAGGAAUAUACUCGGCACCUGGAGAAAUGGACAAGGGUCUUGAAGCUGGACUAGAAAAAGUUGUGUUGACACGGGAACUCAAAAAAGUCUUGACACGCGUUGCAAGAUCAAGAAAAGGAAGUAGUACUCCAAGUAGUACAUUUGGUGGUAGUACAGAACAAGAAAGAGGAGUGACUCCAAGUAGUACAUUUGGUGGUACUAGUACAGAAGAGGAAACAAGAACAACAGCCUUGUUGCAACCAGACCUGGUUGAAUGUCGAGCCAUCUUGAGCUUACUGAAACGGUGCUCGGAAUCGGAUUCUGUCACAUGGACUAGUGAUGGUAUCUCGCAAUCGUGGCACGACGCCUACAGUGUGGUCGCUAUGAGCAUGGUGUCACAGCUUUCUAGGAGAAGGAUCGUUGAGAAGCUCAGCGAGGAGAAGGAAGCGGGAGAAGUGCUCUGUCCUGAUGGGGACGCGGGCAAUGAGGCGGAUCGAGGUUGUUGUCCUGAUGAAGACAUGGGUGAAGCGGGAGAUGUUCGCAAACCAGACAAAUAUGAUCGCGAAAGCAACCUGUCCAGAACCAGAAGUCCUUGUGUUGAUGUGCAAACGUUAAGCGAGCAAGAAUUCCUCAUCCUCUUGAAGUUACUUCCGACAGUGGCAAAGUGUGCGGGUGCUCUACUUCGUUCUGGCAAUCCGGAAUCGGACGUAAAAUCGGACGUCUUGAGUCUUCUCGCACAGCUCGCGACUGCUUUUGAAGAGCAGAGCAACUUGCAAAGAGAGCGGUUCAUGAUCUCUAAAACUACAAACGAGCCCCAUUACAGGCUAAGAGAUGUCUGUAGUUCUGUACGACGAGAGCUACGUCAAUUGCCGAUGAAGUUUCAGAGUGUAUCAGGGAAUCCAAAUGACAAUGUAAAUGAACCUACUACAGAUACUACAGUAUCCGACGAGGAAAAUUUUGCACCAGUCGAAUCUUUUUGUGACUCUAUCUGUUGCUCUAUUCAAUUGCUGAACGAGAUGAUAUGAAAAUUUAUAUAUUUAUAGGGAGGGCGAGACCAACGUGACCACAGACAUAUUCAUACCAAGCAUAAUGACGCACAGCAACAACGAGCAUUAAAUGACGCGUAGAGAGUAGACAACAUAACUUGUUUUGCAUACUUGAGUGUUCACGUCUCGAAGACGAGCACGAGGAACGUAUGAGACUAUCUCAGCUGAAGAGAAAAGGAAAAAGAAACU